GUCGAGCUGCCACGGAUUCAACAGCAAUAUUCCGUAGCGAUCCGAACCGUAAAAAUUCGUGAUAAAACUACGGGUUCAUCGCGAAUAAGAGAGUGGUCGGUGCACCUGAAAAAAUCGAAAUAUUUGUUUGACUAACUUGAAAAUAUAUUCUACGCUUCUUGAGUACUUGAAGUUGACACGAAAAUAGUUCACGCCGUAUACGAAUACAUGCGUUACAACACGUGUAAUAAUAUAUUUUAUUUUUGCUGAAUCGGUGUACUUAAGUCUGAUGCAACAAUAAAGUGUUUUCGGAUCAGAACCGAGUUGAUGGUCAACCAACGGGAAGAAUACGAGAGGUCACAGCUAUCACCAAGUAAUAACGCCGAAAUGAGUUCCCGCAAGAGAAUGCCGUCCUAUCGGAUUUGGGGCUCGGCGGAUAACGGGGAUAUUGAAUUCGAAUCACUGACUGCGGCAACUCUGGAAGGUGCCCUCAAAGUCAUCCGUGAAUCCUUCUUCAAGUACGAAUCCGUUUGCAUUGGUGUUGAUCUUUCAUCCGAACCCGGAGCAGCGGAAGAGCUCGAAGAUUUAUGUAGGAUUGCGGCCAAGGAUGGAGUCAGCGUUGUUGCUGUCGAAGUAUCCACGGGGGAGGUUGUUUCGGUCGCUUUCAACAAAAUACAAAUAUUGCAGCGAACGAGAACGAAAAGUUCGUUUGAAACUUUUAUGGAUAAUUGUAAAUUCGAAUCGUCUCAGGCGCUCGUAGCAUUCAUGCAUAACGUGGACUCUAGAUUGAAUCUUUUCGAACAUCACAACGUCGAAAAUAUUCUGGAGAUAAUGUUCUUAGCGACUCUUCCCUCGCACGGGCAACGUCGACUCGGAGAAUUGGUUACGGCAGCUUCGGUCGAAAUUGGAAGGCAGUUAAAAUCGGGCAAUGACGUCAAAACCCCCGUGGAAAUUAACGGAGAUGAUUCGAUAACAAAUAAAAAUUCGGUACCAGAACUUGUCUCUGCGCUCUGCACCUCAGAAUACAGCCACAAAAUAUUCGAAAAAUUAGGUUUCGAUUCGUUACUCUCAGCUGAAUUCACCGAGUUUGAAUGUAGGGGGAAGAAAUUUAGCGACAGAAUCGGAGAUCUCAAUAAAUUCUGUCAUCUCGUUACUAAAAGGCUCUCACCAACUCCUCCCACUCCGAAAGGCUGAUUUAGAAUUCUUUUACGAAGUUAUACCGUACGACCCGUUUCACCAGAAUCAGACGGUAUAGGUAUUUACGUAUACAUUACAUUAUACAUAUAUUCGCGUUGUACGCAUUGUAGGGCAUUCCCAAAUUUUGUAUAUCAUGUAUGUAACUGUCGUAUUAAAAAUGUAUCGCCCGUAUUCUGUUUGGGUCUGCGAUUCCUUACGUAAAA